AUAGAGGAUCACAUCGUCUGAAAGCCCAAAAGAAAAUAAACCAUUAUUCAAAUUCCAUUCCAGUGUGGGGCCAACCAAGUUGUCAAAAAAGAGGAAAAAGAAACAUAAGAAACCAAAAAUCCUAAGCUAGUGGAUAUAUACAAUAAUCCCAUUUUCAAUUUGAAAAAGAUUCCAUACCCCAUUUCCUUCAGAUCUUUAAACUCAUCAUCAUCAAUCUAAAAAAAGAGUUUUUUAUUAUCGACAGUAUUUACUCUGUUUUCUCUAGGAAACUGCUUGUUUUUUGUCUACUUACAUAUCUUAUCAAUGGCUUUUUCACCAUUUUCAACAUGAAAAUUUUGACCCUUCUUCUUCUGCUAUUCUAAUUCUUCUUCCUCUUCCUCUUCCUCUCUAAUCCCUUUUGAGUUUUGACCUUCGACCGACCUUCGACCAAUUCCAGACCAUACUUUUCCAAAACUCGGUUUCUAGCAUAUUAAACUAAUGCAUCCAAGAAUUAUAGAAGACCAAUGUUUUUUUUUUCAGUUCAUAUCAAGGCGAUAAUCAUGGAAAAGAAGGCUCUAAACUUCAAACCAAAUGGGGUUUACCUUUAGCUUUUUUCUUUGAUUAGUUGAGAAAGGAACAAGCUGAAUCCGGAUUCAGCAAUCCCGUUGCCGAUCUACAAAGCUUGGAAUUCAUCUGUAUCUUUUUCUUGUUUGUUCUCCUGUUAAGGAUUCUGAGUUAGUUGCUGAUGAAUUUGAUGAGAAAAAUGUUUAUGUGUAAGAGAGAAUCGAGUACCUUUGUGGUUGUUGUGACUUCUUUGGUGUUGCUCUUUGGAGCUGUGAGCAGUCAACCGAUCCUUGAGCGUCGUUUUGCCUAUGUUGGAUUCAAUGAAAGGAUGAACAACCAAGAUUUCACCUUCACACCAAGUUCUUCUAUCGACGGCGGGGCGCUGCAGCUAACUCCCGACUCGCAGAACGAGGUUGUUAAGCUUCAAAAUACAUCAGGCCGCAUUAUGUACAAUGAGCCGUUCAAGUUAUGGUUAGAUGAUAUUGAUAAAGAGGAGGACAUUGUUGCUUCAUUCAGCACAUACUUUUACAUCAAUAUUUUCCGAAGGGAAGAAUGGAAUGCUGGUGAGGGACUUGCUUUUCUUAUAGCUCCGACUGUUGAUGUACCUGAACAGAGCUGGGGGCAGUGGAUGGGCCUCACCAAUGAAACGAUCGACGGCGACGACAGAAACCAAAUUGUAGCUAUUGAAUUUGAUACCGAGAAGCAGGAUUUUGACCCCGACAACAACCAUAUUGGUCUGAACAUCAACUCCGUUAAAUCAAGGAAGACUGUUCCUCUGAAAGAAGCUGGCAUAGUUCUAUCCCCAGAGAUUGGAACUAAUCACAGUAUCUGGGUUGAAUAUGAUGGCAAAGCCAAACUUUUGCAGGUUUACAUGUCCAUAAACAAAGAUCCAAAGCCUAAUAAACCUCUUCUUAAUGAAACCGUAAACUUGAAACAAUUUGUGAAGCAAGAAUCAUUCAUUGGAUUUUCUGCUUCUACAGGAAGCCCAGAAAUUCAGUUGAACUGUGUCUUGGAGUGGACACUAGAUUUGGAGCGUCUACCAGAGAAGAAAAAUCUAACAUGGUUGAAGAUCCUUGCUGGGGUCGGAAUUCCGGUACUGACGAUCGCAAUUCUGGUAGGGGUUUGGUUGUUUGUUGGUUAUAGGAAGAAGAGGACAGAGCACAUGGAUGAGGAAUCAAAUGUUCAGGGCACGCUGAAGAGAUUGCCUGGAAUGCCCAGAGAGUUCAAGUACAAGGAACUAAAAAGAGCGACUCAUAACUUCCAUGAAAGCAUGGUUCUGGGAAAUGGAGGAUUUGGGAUUGUGUACAAAGGGGUUCUGCAGGAAAAGGAUAGGGACAUUACCGCAUCUUCAAAUUCUGCUUCCAGGCUUGAAAUAGCUGUCAAGCAAUUCUCCAGGGACAGCAUUAAGAGCAAAAGUGAUUUUCUUGAUGAGCUCACCAUUAUUCACCGUCUUCGCCACAGGAACCUUGUCCGUUUAGAAGGGUGGUGCUACGAGAAAGGGAAGCUUUUAUUAGUAUAUGACUUCAUGCCUAAUGGAAGCCUCGAGAAUCACCUAUAUGAUGUUGAUGAGCAGAAUGUUCUCAACUGGGGACAUCGCUAUAAAAUUCUUUCCGGAGUUGCAUCUGCGUUGCAUUACCUACAUAAUGAGUAUGACCAGAAAGUAUUGCACCGGGAUAUCAAAUCAAGUAAUAUUUUGCUUGAUUCUGAAUUCAAUGCUCGUCUAGGGGAUUUCGGCCUUGCUAGAGCCUUGGAUCCUGAAAGAAACUCUUAUGCAGACCUGCAUUGUGGUGGAGUUGCAGGCACAAUGGGUUAUGUUGCUCCUGAAUGCUUCCAUGAAGGGAGGGCUACACCUGAAUCUGAUGUAUAUGGGUAUGGGGCAGUGGUGCUUGAGGUCGUUUGUGGAAAGAGACCAGGAGCUAUUGUUGAAGAUGAACAAGAUCAGUAUAGCCUAAUUGAUUGGGUGUGGAAGCUACACCGUGAAGGACACAUUGAAAAAGCCGUGGAUAACCAGCUGGGUAAUGAUUUUGUGGUUGAUGAAGCUCGAAGGCUUCUGCUACUUGGGUUGGCAUGUUCACAUCCCGUGGCAAGUGAAAGGCCACAAACUCAGGCUAUACUCCAAAUUUUAAAUGGAGCUUUGCCUCCACCUCAAGUACCUCCAUUCAAGCCAGUCUUCAUGUGGCCUCCCAUGAGCAGUUCUUCCACAAGUUCCAUUCUCACUUCACUGUCAAACACGAAUAACUCUCUCCCAUGAAGUUUUCACAUAGCUAGUCAUUUGCUUCAGCCUCCGCAAGUUACUUGACAAUCAUGUAGCACAUCAUUAAAUUGGUGUAGAAAAUAUCAUUCGUUUAUUAUUGUUAUAAUUCUCACAUUGACAUAUGGGAAGGUAUAGAAUAUGUAUACCUGGGAUCAAACUCCCGUUGUCCUGAGAGGCCCCUCGGUUGCUUCUGCGCACUUGUAUGUAUGAAACUUCAUUUUUUUUCUUCUUUGUCUACAGAGUAUCAUCAUCAAAUCAUCCUAUUCUUUGACAAUGCGCAACACACUUGUAUGUAUGAAACUCAUUUUUUUCUUCUUUUUCUUUGCCUACAGAUUAUCAUCAUCAAAUCAUCCUAUUCUUUGUGCUGCCAGAAGCAUGGAGAAGAGGAUGAUUUGAUGCACAAUGACCACAACGCACUACACUUGUGCAUGAAACUUCAGUUCUUCUCCGUCCUGCCAGACAACCCUACUCAAUGUACCAUUAAUUUUUCUUUACAGAUACAAUUGACAUGUUUUCUUUAUAAAUCAAAGAGCAUUAAAGAACUGCUUAGAUUGCAAAUUAUAGAAAAGUUCAAGUCCAAGUUUUAAGUUA